UUGUUCCGCGUUGGCCUGGACGUGGCACCGAGGAAGAGCUGCGCCCUCUCCGCCCGUUCACCGUUCACUCCUCCCGUCUAACCGUCUCCUCUCUCCUGCGGCUCCGAGCAGCGGCUUACUCCCGCCUUCAGGUCCUUAACCGUCCCGCCGCUGACCCGGGACACUCAGACUACAGAUCCCAGAUCCAGAAUCACCGACUGAAGCUCAAAGAUGGGGCUGACGAUCUCGUCUCUGUUCUCCAGGCUGUUCGGCAAGAAGCAGAUGAGGAUCCUGAUGGUCGGCUUGGACGCAGCUGGUAAAACGACCAUCCUCUACAAACUGAAGCUCGGAGAGAUUGUCACCACCAUCCCAACCAUCGGGUUCAACGUAGAGACGGUGGAGUAUAAGAACAUCUGUUUCACAGUCUGGGACGUUGGCGGUCAGGACAAGAUCAGGCCUCUGUGGAGACACUACUUUCAGAACACACAGGGUUUGAUCUUUGUGGUGGACAGUAACGACAGAGAGAGAGUCUCGGAGUCGGCCGAGGAGCUCGCGAAGAUGAUCCAGGAAGACGAGCUGAAGGAGGCCGUUAUUCUGGUGUUCGCCAACAAACAGGAUCUUCCAAACGCCAUGGCAGUCAGUGAACUCACUGACAAACUGGGUCUGCACAGCCUGCGCAGCAGAACUUGGUACGUCCAGGCCACCUGUGCCACUCAGGGGACGGGUCUCUACGAGGGUCUUGAUUGGUUGUCGAACGAGCUGUCCAAACGUUAGACCACCUGAUGGCAACCAGGAAGCAGCUACGUGAUGUCAUCGACUGAAUUCACCCAAUGAAGAUGAGGAGUUUUAAUGGACUGAUUUCGUUUUAUGUUUUUUCUUUUCUUUUUUAAAUUAUAAACCUGUCUGUAAGAGGAAGUGAGGUCAUGGACUCUGAGCUCACCUUGAUUUCUCAUCAUCCUCUUCUUCUACUCUUGUUCCUGCAGAUGUUUGUUUUUUCUUUUACUCCGCAUGUUUUAACCUGAACCAUGUGACAGAGAGGUAACCAAGAGAAAGGGCGGGACUUACAGCAGGUGACAGGGCACCUGUGGUCAUGGGGGGAAGGGUCAACUACAAUGACAGUUACCUGUGGGGGCAGGGGAAGGGGGGUUCCAACAGGUGACAGCGCACCUGUGGGCCAAGGGGGAGGGGUUAUGGACAGGUGACAGUUACCUUGAGGUGUGAUGCUCAUUCCGUACCCGAAGGCCUCGUCAUUCCAUAACGAUGAAGAAGAUUCAGAAACGACGAUAAUGCAAUAAAGGUUUUUUUUUCUUCUCA